CGACACGAACCCAUUGCGAUUCGCUGCACUAUACAACCAAAAUCAAGCUCUCGAGAAACAAGAGUCAUGACCGUUCCUAUCGCUCAGCGUGCUGUCUUGACCAGGCUUGCCGAACCAGGACAGGAAACUUGGCAGUUCACGGCCGCCCAUCCGGUACCGUCCCCAUCGGUCGACCAAGUCCUGGUCAAGACAACUCACAUUGGGCUAAACCCAUUCGACUGGCAGUCGGUGGCCUACAAAUUUGGGAUCACCACCGACCCAAAAGUCAUCGGCCGGGACGGCGCUGGGGUGGUCGUUCAAGUGGGAACGCAAGUAACCCGUUUCAAAGAGGGAGAUCGCGUCUGGUUCUGCGCAAACUCCGGAAAGGCCUAUACCGGCGCAUUCCAAGAAUACUCUUUGCACGAUCAAGCCGAACUCGGUCAUACCCCCGACAACGUAUCCGACUUGCAGGCGGCGACGCUGGGGACGGGUCUGAUUACCGCCGGAGUCGUCCUUUUCCGGACGCUCAAGUUCGACCUGAAUGACCUCCUGAAAGAGGCCGAGCCGAUAUCGAAAUUGGAGCGCCCUUGGAUUCUGAUCUGGGGAGGAGCUGGGAUCACGGGAAUCUACCUGAUCCAGCUAGCUCGUCUGCUCGGAUUUAGGAUCAUCUGCGCGGCCUCUCCCGUCAAUCACGAAUACGUCCGUUCUUUAGGAGCCGAAGUGAUACUCGACCGCUGGACCGAGCCCAGAGAGUUGAUAGAGCAGAUCAGGCAGGCCACGGGAGAUGACGUGACACUUGCGAUCGACAAUGUAGGCUCGGAGACCGCUAUACUCUGUCAUCAGGUACUCAAGGGAUCUACCUCGUGGCGCAAGAAACACAGCAUCGACGUAUCCUCCAAUUCCGCUCGGCUCGUCGCUCUAGCCGGCUUCCCGAAAUCCACCGACUCUGCUACCGACGCCGUCCGUCAGGUCGAACUCCCUCGUAUCAGCUUCUCCACCACCUUCUAUGGCCAUUCCGACUUUUCUCUCCCACUGCUGGAUACGUUCCAUCGCCUUUUACUGGAAGGAAAGAUCAAACCUGCCCGGUACAACGUGUUACCCGGAGGUCUAACCGGAAUCCAAGCCGGCUUGGAACGAUUACGAGCUGGGAAAGGCAUCGGAGGCCACAAGUUGAUCUUGUCCAUGGAAGAACCCGUCACACCUCCCGUGGCCGAACCUGUACCUGUCCUGCGAGUCUUGCGAAAGCGAAAGACGGCUCAGGUCGAGGCGGAAGAAGUUGUAGUCAAAAGGCAGAGGGUGGUCGCGUAAAUAUAACUUUGGGUUGGAAUAUUUGUGCUUUAUGAAUACAGUGC